AUGUCUAGUGAUGAUGACAUUGCGCACCUAGCACAACUGUUUGCUUAUAACCAACUCGUCGAUGAUCAAGCACAGACUGACAUCGACUUUGAGUCGGGAACACAGUUAGACGAUUCGCGUGGCGACAAUGUUCGAAAUUUUACGGGUCAAGAUGAUUAUAGGGUCGCACAUUUCAUUUGUGCAUGUGAAGAUAACAUGCGCACUGGUCAUAUAACGACUGACGAAGACAAAAAGGCAUAUGGAUGUUCCCACAUUACGCAGGGUUCUUAUGCCGGUAGUCGUUUAAAUGCGUUUGGUUUGCAGAGCCCUGAUUAUGAGAAAUUUAAGCGAACGUUAAUUGGGAUCUUUGGGGGUAGGUCACAGCUGGGCCAGCUUCAACGGAUCUUCAGAUGGAUGGAUCGUUGUACGUCAGGUAUACGCAAUGAAACGCCUGUCGACGCUGUCGACAUCGCAGGCGAGGUUCGCCAGGACAUGCAAGCGACAUUCCGGACCUCAGAUUGGUUCGACGAUCAGGGAAAUAAGAUGGAAGAGACAACGUUCUCAACAACGACAGCUGCAGCCACACCUCGGUCAUCAGCAAAAGAUAUAUACGGUAGUCACCUGCUGGGCUUCACAAGUGCCUGCGUCUUCAUCAUCGCCAUCAUUGGUACAGUUGGAAUAUCUCUCGGGUCCUUGGCUCUCCUGAUGAGCAAGAAACUCCGUCAGAGUCCUUCCACAGCGUUCAUGGUCAACCUUCUUGUCUGCCUGUUACCCGUGUGUGCCUUCGGGAUGCCUAUGUAUGGAGUCGGGUGUCUGCAAGCUCAACAGUACGGCGAUGUUACAUUCUCAAAGGGAGUGUGCUUGACAUUUUUUACACUAGGCCUCAUACUAAGUCAAGUGCACAUACACACCAUCUGCGCACUCGCCUUCAACAGAAUGCUGGCUGUCGUGUACCCAAUGUUGUACAAGCGAGUGAUGCAACAAAGGAAGGUGAUGCACUACUUGAUCAUACUAUGGGUCUACUCCACCCUACUCUGGCUCCCUCUUACCUUCGGAGUAUUUGGCCAAUUGGAGUUUGAUAAUGUGGAAUUGAUGGUGUCGAUAAAGGAUAAUUCCGGGAGCAGACUGAAGAAAGCCAUACACGUGUUCUUCACCUUCAUACUCCCCACCAUCUUUACUAGUGUUUGUUACGUCCACAUGUACAUUAAGGUGCGUCACUCAAGAGAGGCGAGGCUGGCCCGACGUCGAUGCAAGAGUGUUACUGAGAAUGCUGAAGACAAUGUCCUUCGCCAGUGGGACGAUCAUGUCACCCGCACCAUCUUCGUCGUCUUUGUCGUGCUGCUAUCCUGCAAUUUGCCGCACAUAGUCAUCCACAUCUAUCACCUCCACAACAAGUUUCCUACCGUCUGGCUCCUCCUUCACUUAAUCUUCUGGCUCCAGUUCUGCGUCGACCCCAUAGUGUAUGUGACCAUGAGCCAACAGUACCGCAACGCCACCCUUCAAUUCCUCUCUAACUUCUGCUCUUAUUUCGCCGUCUUUCAGGUCUCUGAUUCAGAGGUAAAAUCUGAACCCAAAAGUGAUCUGAAGACUGAUCUCGCCUUGCAGAUUCAGGCGACCUCUAAGCAGGCCAUGACACCUCUCCCGAAAGUUAAAUUCUCAACUGAAUUAAAUGUGUAAACCAUAUAUAUAUAUAUAUAUAUAUAUAUAUAUAUAUAUAUAUAUAUAUAUAUAUAUAUAUAUAUAUAUAUAUAUAUAUAUAUAUAUAUAUAUAUAUAUAUAUAUAUAUAUAUAUAUAUAUAUAGAAGUAUGUCUGUAUGUGUGUUUGUGUGUGUGUGUCCGCACGAGAACCUCGGAAACUACUUUACCGAUCUGUAGUGAUGAUGGAUGGUGUUAUAUGUAGUAAACUUACUUGAAUAUACAUGGAUCUGGUUACUUCUUAUACCAAAGCAAAUUUAGAAUUAAGGUGUUAUUAUUGUAAUUAGGACAAAGAGUGGUUGUUUUCCGUAGGGUUUCGAUGUUUUUUUCAAUUAAUAUAUUUUUUUUAUAAAAGCUCUAUAAUAGAGUGGAUGGGCAUUAUAGUCAGACAUUGUGUGUGUUAAUUUGUCUAUGUUACUCUCUGGCUGUUUGUAUGGCUUUAAUUCUUACUGCACAGACCAAAUACUGUGUGAACAGGCUGUCACAUUAUUAAGUAGUGAGGGGAGGUCUUUUGUGGGUUAGUAUCUCGCUCGAGUGGCACUUGAUUUUCAUAUUUAUGAUGUUGAAUGCCAUUGUUAAUGAAAUAAUUAUAUUGGACCCUAACCAAAACUAACCUAACCUUAUCUUACUUAACGUACCCACAGCUAACCAAACCUAACCCAAGAUAACCUAAGAAAAUCAGAAUCUUUAUUAUGAAACCUUUGCGGUCUGAGUCUACCUGUACGUAUCAUUUAGGCCAUAUAUUUUUCUUUAAAUUUCUUGUUUUAUGUUUAUUCUUAAGUACUUGAAUUUACAAAAACUAUUAAAAGUAGUAAUGUA